UGACGUCACAUUCCCACAAUGCUCGCGCCCCAUAACUCGCUGCAGCCUGAGAGCGAGACAGAGACACAGUCAGGCCCCGAAUAUAGAAACAUUAUAGAACAUUUUAGAAACAAAUGAUCAAACAACAGAUCGAGGGAAGAAAGACGGUGAAAAGUGGCGUGGGGUCUCUCCCACGGUACGUUUGCGAAUAGUCGGUGAUGGAAUGUUACCGGGGUUCCAUGAGAAAUUGACUAAUGCGGCGCUGGAAACUUUUUGGGGAAUAAAGAUGCAGAGCAACAUUUCCUACUCACCCCCAACCAUAGCUGUUGGGACUGGGUGAGAGAGAGAGAGAGAGAGAGAGAGAGAGAGAGAGAGAGAGAGAGAGAGAGAGAGGGAGAGAGAGAAAGGAGAUCCAUAGACAGAAGGAGGACCAGUUCUGGAAAGGAGGAGAGAGACAUUGACAACAGCAGCACUAUCUGAGGCCCAGAACGUAGCCCUCCUAAGCCCUACCCGGCCCUGCCUGGAGUACGCCCUUUACUGCACUCCACCACUGCCCACGUAGAGCCUGGAAGGCAGGGAAGCCACGGCCGGGAUUUCAUGGCAACAGCACCCUAGGGCUGCCAUGGCAGCUGGUGCCGCCGAUGCUCCACGCCAUAUUACAGCACUGACGCCGGAGGACGAGGAACAAAUAGCCGCUGCCAAGCUGUACAGCGACACUACCCUGCCACGUACAGAGAGAGAGAGGGAGAGGGAAGAGGAAGCCAGCGGCAACGAGUGUUUGGUGUGUGGGACUUGGUUUGGUUCGCAGGAUAAGCUUCGGCUUCACGCCUUCUGUCACACGGGAGAGAAACCCUUCCACUGCUCCCAGCCACACUGCCCUAAGGCCUUCAGCUCCAAAUAUAAACUGUUCAGGCAUAUGGCCACACACUCUCCACAGAAAACUCACCAGUGCUCCUUCUGCGAGAAAAUGUUUCACCGCAAAGAUCACCUGAAGAACCACCUGCAGACCCAUGACCCCAACAAAGAGGCCUUCAAGUGUGAGGAAUGUGGCAAGCACUACAACACCAAGCUGGGCUACAAGCGUCAUGUGGCCAUGCAUUCAGCCACGGCUGGAGACCUCACCUGUAAGGUGUGCCUGCAGAGCUACGAGACUACCCCUGCCCUGCUGGAGCAUCUCAAGAGCCACUCGGGCAAGUCCUCCGGAGGUGCCAAGGAGAAGAAGCACCCAUGUGACCACUGUGACCGCCGCUUCUACACACGGAAGGACGUGCGUCGCCACAUGGUGGUCCACACCGGUAGAAAGGACUUCCUGUGUCAGUACUGCGCCCAGCGCUUCGGCAGGAAGGACCACCUGACGCGGCAUGUGAAGAAGAGCCACUCUCAGGAGCUGCUGAAGAUAAAGACAGAGCCUCUGGACAUGCAAGGCAUGCUGGGCUCUGGCUCCUCCCCCUGCACUGUCAAAGAGGAGCUCAGCCCCAUGAUGUGCAGCAUGGGUUCCAACAAAGACCACAUGCUAGCCAAGCCGUUCCCCAGCGGCACCUCCUUCCCCAUGGGCAUGUACAACCCCCACCACCUCCAGGCCAUGUCCAACCCUGAGGUGGGCCACCACCACUCUCUGAUGCCCGGCUCCCUGUCCGCUGCCAUGGGGAUGGGCUGCCACAUGGAGCCCCCCCUCCAUCCCCCGCACCACCAUCACCACCACAUCCAAAACUCCCCCUCGCUUCCCCACCUGCAGCAGCCCAACAGACAGCACCAGCAGCAACAGCAAGCCCAGCCGCCGCCCAAGUACCAGCUGGGAUCUACCUCAUACCUGCUGGACAAGCCCCUCAAAGUGGAGAUGGAGAGCUUUCUCAUGGAUCUGCAGAGUGGGCUGCCGGGCCACCACUCAGGCGAUCAUCAUCAUGCUGCUGCCUCGCCCCCCAAGGAGGGACUAGAGCACCCCUCAGGCCUGACAGAUGAGCUGUGUGGGAACUCCCUCCUGUCCAAGAGCCCUGCUGUCAUUGCUGAGUCUCUGUGCACUGCUAACAUGGACUUCUCUCACCUGCUGGGCUUCUUGCCCCUCAACCUGCCCCCCUACAACGCCCCCAUCAGCACAGCAGGACUAGUGAUGGGGUACACCUCGUCUGCUGCCUCCUCCUCUUCCUCCUCUUCGUCAUCCUUGCGUGGCACUGAGCCCCACGCCGCUGCCACAGCUGCAGCCGCACCUCUUACCUCUUUGCAACCUCAACCUCAGGAGCAGCAGGGCUCCAGCGGGGGCCUGGGUCUUGGGCCCCUGCACCCUCUCCCGCCAGUGUUUAGCUCCAGCCUCAGCACGACCACCCUGCCUCGCUUUCACCAGGCCUUCCAAUGAGGGGCCCCCAGGCCCGGCCCCUACGCCAUCAUCUUCAGCUCACUGCCUCACACCCAGGGGCCAAGGGGCCUGCUGGCUGCAAGGGUGGACAUAAAAACACUUGAACACUUAGAAGCCUUAAUUGAAGUGCACAAAAGCUUUUGAUUGAACUUCAGAGGAAACUAAACCCUUUAUUGAAACAAAAGGAAAAGAUGAGAAACUUUCAAACUAAGGAGGUUUUAUUUGGCCUUUCUUUCUAUCCUUUAGCUAUGGUGAUUGAAUCCCUCUCGUUUGUUUAGCUGGAUCCCCAUUUAGCUUUUGCAGAAUCAGCAGCUACUCUUCCUGGGUUACACAAAAAACAUGACAAGUAACAAAACACUGAUACACAAGGACAGUCACACAAAUUAAAAUACAAUGAUGUACAAACAAUACAUCUAAAAUAUAAUGAGUGUGUGUGUUAGUGUGUCUGUGUGUUAGUGUGUCUGUGUGUUAGUGUGUCUGUUAGUGUGUCUGUAUUAGAGUGUGUGUGUGUGUGUGUGUGUGUGUGUGUGUCUCUCCCCUUUGUUCCAUGAUGUUUAAUCUGUUUUUUUUAAAGGUAAUUCUUCUGUUUGCUGAGUAACUGGAAAUGGAAGGGAGUUCCAUGUGAUCAUGGCUCUGUAUAAUACUGUGAGUUGCCGUGAAUUUGUUCUUUAACCUCUACCACUAACCUAUCCCCCCUCAUCACUUCCCUCCCUCUAUUCUGUAGUCAGGAGGCAGCAUUUGCAGGCCUGAAGGCGUGGUACUGUUACUUUAUAAAGUCAUAAUAUUAAGAAAAUAAUCUUAAUUUUAGAGAAAAUUGUAAAACAAAAUAUUGUUACCCAGAAGCCUAGUGACCCAGAACACUAGUUUUGAAGUGGGUGAAAUAUAAUUUCUUGCUUUUUCAAAUGUGACUGAACAUGCUAGGUUGUCUCUCCUGUGAGUGUAAAGGUCUGAACCACCUGCCCAGAAACACACCCUGUCUGUCAUCUCCAUCGUCAGGGGGGAAAGAUUAGUGAAGGACUAAAGUGAUACUGCCCCACGGACAUUAUCCUCCUCCAAUAUAGGCUACAACCACACCAAAAAAUAUCUGUCUUGAAAAAGUGCUCUUAAAAAAACUGGAAUAACUGAUUACUGUUCAGACUCAUCAGUUGUGCAGAAAGUAGAAGAUAAGUGAAAACAGAGAGUUGAUUUUAACGUUGAUAACCAAUGCCGCCAAACACAGCGACCACUGGCGCCCACAUAUUUAAUGAAAAGCAGAUGUGCAGAAAAUAGCUUGAGUCAGUAGAAAACAUGCCAAGUCAUGCAUGUUUUAUGUUGUUCCUCAAGAGCAGCACUUUUUAGCAGAAGUCUCUUUACCUUUAGGAAUCUCUUUGGGUAAGCAUCGUGACCUGCUCAACCAGGGCCAGGCCAGUGAGGAUGACCCUGUGUGGAGGAAAUACCCCUCCUAUAAAAGCUGCUCUUGAAAACAGGUCAUUAUUUAACUCAUGAGGAUUUUCAUUCCUUCAAUUGUCAUUCUUCCAGCAUUGGUUUUUAAGAAGUCUCCAGAGUAACAAUAUGUCACAUCCUUUUCCUGCCUUUCAUAUAUUACUGAUUUCUAUUUUUAUGAAAACAAAUAUAUAUUCAGUCUGUUAGAUGCAUGGUAAUAAUAACCCUGACAUAUGUGAAUAGAAAACAAAAAUAACAACGACGACAGUUAAGGAAAACGUGUAAAAGAAUGUUAUUGCAGUGUAUUAAAUAUCUCGUCAAAAAUGAACAUUAGAAUUGCUUUUAUUUCAGUAAGGUAUAUUUAGGUAGACGUAUUAAAACAACGUGUUUUUAAUGUGGCAGGUUUACAUUUGUCUGUAUCUGGCAUUUUAUUGAUAAAAAAUGGAUGAAGUAUUAGCUUUGCCCUUGUAGCUUUCUCCACUGUAUUUAUUCUUCAUCUGUUCAUGUACUACUAAAAAAAAAACUUGGAUUGUUGACUUUGACAAAUGUGUAGUUAGUAGGCUGUUAGUGGCAUAAUAAUCCAGUAGGAUUUUACAGAGACAUCUUUGAUCGUCUCGUAGGACUUUAAAAAGAAUGACUGACGUUGAUAGUCUAUUUUCUCAGUUUGAAACACAACCUGAUUAAGCGGUCUGAUUUUAAGAUGCCUUUUUCAUUUUCACUAGCCUGUUGAAAACUUACGCCCAAAGUUGUAAAACUAUAAUACGUGCUCUGUAUCACGUAAGUGAUAUUUGUAUGAUGGAAAAUAUGAAUAAUGUCCUGUCUUUGGUAUGGCCAACAAAUGAAUGAUAUGUUUCACUUUCCUACAGACAUCAUGAUUGAUAGAUCGAACACCCAGCACAUGGGGUAUAUAAAGUCCAUUAGUCAAAAGACAGUCAAAGUGCAUCUUGAGAGUACAAGGACUGAUAUAAACAGUAUUAAUAUAUCAUCCUUUUGGUUUGCAACUUUCUCAACUCUCUUGACUUUGUCUGUUUGAGUACUCAGCCCAGUCCAUAUGCAACUAUUAGUAAACAUGUAGUUUCAAGUAUAAAGAAAAAAACUAAAACUAUAUAACAUAAGGAAAACAAAACAUAUUGCUGCUUUUAGCCCGUAGAACAGAGAACAUUUCAACAUUGCAAGAUGUAAACAUGCACAGUAGUACAGAUUUGAACUGUUUCCCUUCCUCUCUGUACUCCUCACUCAGCUGCUUCCUGGAUUCAGGAGGAAAGGGUCUAAAACAAAUACACAAUAUUCAGAACAAACAAGUCACCAGCCCUCUCUUUGACAUUCAAAGCAUGGGACGACUGACUGCGAUAUGUCUUAGUCGUUUUGUUGUUGUUAUAUGAUAUGUUCUUUUCUGUUUGUUAAAACAGGACCUUGAAACAACACAACACAUCACCUCAUUUUAUUCCCAAAACCUGGGGAGAGGAAACAAAAUCUUGCACAAUUGCUCAUUAAAAUAAACAUUUUAUUAUUUCAUUUUAAUAAUGGUAGAAUUGUUAUUCAAAUUGACCAACGGACCAGAACCUACCUUCAGUCAGCUAAUUAGACUGACCUAUAGAAGUAGUUGACAAAUAUGUGAAAAUAAAUACAACUUAAAAGAAACAUUUGUUUGGUUGUGACGUAGCGCCACUACCAACCAAUACUUGUGAAGUAAUACGUUCAGGAUAGAAUCCCCAAAGUUCAUGUUGACACUUCCACUAGGCUGAUAAAUUAUCUAAAUUAAGAACAUUUAAUGAUUGAUCGUGAAGAAAUGUGUCUUGCAUAUCUUUCUUUGAAAGAAUUUGCCACUUUCUUAUAGUGGUAAUUGGAUAUAAAUAUUGAUAUAAUUGUUUAAAAGCUAUGCUUAAAACAUAGAUUUUUUUUUGUUUGUGUACAUCAAGUGUACAUUUGGAAGACCAUGGCUAUAUCCAAUCCCAGCCAAAAUUGUAGCACUCAAAUUUAGCAUGUGUCUUUUUAUUCAUUUAUUGAGCAUUUAUUGAUAAAAAAGAAAAGAAAAGGCAAUUGGCAUUGAGUUUGUCCUCCCUGGGUUUCUAUGAGCUAAUCUGAAUUCUAGCACUUUCAAUCUUUUUUAAAAAAGAGAGUUUUUUUUCUUUUAAAAUUUCAGCUUAUAUGUUCCUAUGUUUUUAAUUUUGUAUUUGAUCCUGUGUAUGUAUGUGCCAUUAGUUUGAUGUGUAGAUUUGAUCAAUCUUUGUGUAUUUUUCUCCUCCAAAAGAAACUAUUUUUUUUUAUAGACUUUUCACUAAUACCUUCUUUCAUGUGCCCCCACUCCCCUCUCAGGCCUGUUGGGUAACCAGCAUUGGCUUCUCUAUUGGAAUUUUAUAUGAUUAACACAACAACAACAACAACAACAUAUUCUACAACCAAGUAUUUGUAACAGAGAUUUGUAAUCCAAUUGCCUUUCAGAGAGCAUGGUGAGCAUGACAUCAUAUCCACAAUCUACCAGAUCGACCUCUUCAAGGUCAAAAAGACUAGGUCCUGUUUUUUGACAGAUGUGACAUAGUUCCAUUUAACAGAACAUUAUCUGGGGAACCCAGUUUUUAAAGCACUUUUUAUUUUGCAACCAUAACAACUGUCUGACGCAUGAUAAAUAAAGCUGAAAUAAAUUUAAAAAAUGUCGGAAAAGGCUUGUAGUACUGCCUAGUGGUACAGAAUACAUGUUGCCUCUAGACAGGAAAAGGCUUGUACUGCUGCCUAGUAGCUACUGAAUACAUGUUGCCUCUAGACAGGAAAAGGCUUGUACUACUGCCUAGUGGUACAGAAUACAUGUUGCCUCUAGACAGGAAAAGGCUUGUACCUCAGCCUAGUAGCUACUGAAUACAUGUUGCCUCUAGACAGGAAAAGGCUUGUACCUCAGCCUAGUAGCUACUGAAUACAUGUUGCCUCUAGACAGGAAAAGGCUUGUACCUCAGCCUAGUAGCUACUGAAUACAUGUUGCCUCUAGACAGGAAAAGGCUUGUACCUCAGCCUAGUAGCUACUGAAUACAUGUUUCCUCUAGACAGGAAAAGGCUUGUACCUCAGCCUAGUAGCUACUGAAUACAUGUUGCCUCUAGACAGGAAAAGGCUUGUACUGCUGCCUAGUAGCUACUGAAUACAUGUUGCCUCUAGACAGGAAAAGGCUUGUACUGCUGCCUAGUAGCUACAGAAUACACUUUUGCUUCUAGAUAGAAUCAGGCAGUCUUGAAAUUAAUAUUGUACAAGAUCAUGUAUCCACCAUGCUGUGCCAAGACAGAGCUUGCUACAGAGAAGGCAAGUCUCCAUCUGUCCCAGUUUACAGUAGACCUCACCCCACACAUGACAGUUUACAGUAGACCUCACCCCACACAUGACAUUUUACAGUAGACCUCACCCCACACAUGACAGUUUACAGUAGACCUCACCCCACACAUGACAGUUUACAGUAGACCUCACCCCACACAUGACAUUUUACAGUAGACCUCACCCCACACAUGACAGUUUACAGUAGACCUCACCCCACACAUGACAGUUUACAGUAGGCCUCACCCCACACAUGACAGUUUACAGUAGGCCUCACCCCACACAUGACAGUUUACAGUAGGCCUCACCCCACACAUGACAGUUUACAGUAGACCUCACCCCACACAUGACAGUUUACAGUAGACCUCACCCCACACAUGACAGUUUACAGUAGGCCUCACCCGACACAUGACAGUUUACAGUAGAACUCAAACCACACAUAACAGCAGAGAAGAUGGAUAUGCUAAUAAUUCAUUAGCGGAAGAAAACUAAAACUAAAGUACUUUUUGGAGGCAGCUGUAAAUGCUACGUUUUGCACAGCUAGCCUUGGAAAGUGGCCUUUUCAGGAGUAUUUCAACAGUUCUUCAGUCUCAUCAGGAUGACCUAAUCAUUUUAUCCAUCCCACCUGUUUUGCAGAGAUGACUCUGCUAAACCUCUGCUGAGAUACUCCUGAGAAGGCCAACCUCUGACGGUGGUGUUACACCACGAUUCAAACCAUCAAAUAGUUCAUUAGCAUCGUUAAUGAAAGGUUGUGGAAGUAACAACUCACCUUAAGCUUUGACUGAGUGCCGAGCGGAUGUUUUCGCUACAGCGCUUUGUUGUUGGUUCAUUACCUCGACUGCGCCUACUAGAGAUGCACUUGUCUUCACCUUUCCUCCGUACUAGUAGGUGCAGAACACAGAAUUUAAGGGAAUUCUUUAAUCCAUUUUUAAGUCAGUUUGCUUUUUAGUGAGAAACUGGGUACUGUCUGCUGAAGACAAGAUUCACAUGUAGUUUUACAUAUUUUUUUAGCUUAAUGUAAGUCUUGCAUUCCAAGCUCUUUGUGUAUCUUGUUUAGCGACAUUGACAUUUAUGUUUAGUACUUUAUUACAGCCACCUCUGGGGGAAAAAGGUGAACACAAACAUGUAAUAUCUGCAUUCAUCCUUACACUGUUUUCUAUAGCAUGGAGUUUAUCAACUACAGGGAGAAUUGUAGAAAAAUAUGCUUCAGAGAAAAACAGCUUUUUUGUUACAUAUCUCACAUGCAAUCAGUUGCUGCAAAGUGACAGAUUUGUAUAUCGGUCGAUCCAAAGAGAUGACAUAACAACAAACCUAUUUACUUAUUGUACAGGACAUUGUAUCUUUGAACUGUCAUGUGUUAUGUUGAAAUGAUUAAAAUACAAACCCACGGUUUCAUA